AUGUUUUGCCUGCUUGCCGUGAGCAUAAUUAUGAUCGUCACGAGCCAGACCGAGUGCUCACUCGCUACGUUGUGGAACACCAAUCUCUUGGAGAAGCCACGUAAAAAUGUGUGCGACACAGACGUGUGCCAACAUGAAGCGGACCUAAUCUUAUCGGCCAUUAACAACACCGUGGACCCAUGCCAAGAUUUUUACGGGUUUGUCUGCGGCAAAUGGUUGUUGCGCAACCCCAUUCCCGACGACCAACAAAGUAUCAGUUCUCUCCAUAAAAGUGCGGAACGUGUCACCAACGACAUUGGAGCUAUACUCAACACAACGAUUUUCAAGUACAAGAACCAGAACGCCACGGACAAAGCUAUUAUCUUUUACAAGUCUUGUCUGCGAGAAGGUAAGACCGGGAUCAAGCCUUUAAAAGCACACAUGACCGCUACUACGUAG